AAAGUUUCAAAACAUUAAUAUAAUGCACGAGAAUUUAAUGAUAUAAAUAACAUAGUUCAUAAAUAAGCAUAUAAGUAGUCACAUACACAUAACCGCGUCAGAAUGAAGUUUCCUUGUUUUGUUGAUAUUUUUCGUUGUUUACUUUUGGGAUAACAUAGCAGUCUGCUUUUCAAUACAGCAGUCUUGCUAAAAACUUCAAUCAUGUUGGAUAAGUGUGCCAGAGUGUUCCUACAAAGGCGUUUAUAUUCAGCAAAAUCAUUUCCAAAAAUUACCACCCAUUAUACUGUCAUCCCUAGAGAAACAGAUCCUCGUUGGAAAGAUGUGCCAAUGGAAAGAGAGAGCUGUGAAACAGAUGUUGUAAUAGUUGGUGGUGGUCCUGCUGGACUAUCUGCUGCAAUAAGACUGAAACAAUUAUCUAAAGCCAAAGAUAAAGAACUCAGUGUGUGUGUCAUUGAAAAAGCAUCUGCAAUUGGUAAUCAUACUUUAUCAGGGGCCUGUAUUGAAACACAAGCUUUGGAUGAGUUAUUGCCAAACUGGAAAGAAGAUGAAAGUGGUUUCAAGAGAACUCCAGUUACCUCAGAUAAAUUUGCUUUCCUCACAAAAACAAACAGGAUAUCUAUUCCAAUAUUUAAAGGUUUACCAAUGUAUAACCAUGGAAAUUACAUUGUAAGGUUAGGAAAUGUAGUGCAAUGGCUUGCACAAAAAGCAGAAGAGCAUGAAGUAGAUGUUUAUCCUGGUUUUGCUGCUAGUGAAAUCUUAUAUCAUGAAGAUGGAAGUGUUAAAGGUAUUGCAACAAAUGAUGCUGGUAUAGCAAAAGAUGGUUCUCCCAAGGAGUCCUUUACCAGAGGUAUGGAAUUUCAUUCGAAAUGUACUAUUUUUGCAGAAGGUUGCCAUGGUCAUUUGGCAAAGCAGCUUUAUAAAAAAUUUGGUUUAAGAGAUAACUGUGAACCUCAAACUUAUGGUAUAGGCUUAAAAGAAUUGUGGGAAGUUGAACCUGCGAAACACAAACCUGGGACAAUUGAGCACACAGUUGGAUGGCCUCUGGAUCGCCAUACAUAUGGGGGAUCUUUCUUAUACCAUUUGGAUGAUGAUGCUCCUUUAGUGUCUGUAGGUUUUGUAAUUGGUCUGGAUUAUCAAAAUCCAUAUUUAAAUCCUUUCAGAGAAUUCCAAAGAUUUAAACUCCAUCCUUCCGUUAAACCUUUAUUUGAAGGCGGUAAACGGAUUGCUUAUGGUGCUAGAGCUUUAAAUGAAGGAGGUGUUCAAAGUAUACCGAAACUAACAUUUCCUGGAGGAUGUUUAAUUGGUUGCAGUCCUGGUUUCAUGAAUGUUCCUAAAAUUAAAGGCACUCACAAUGCUAUGAAAAGUGCCAUGAUUGCUGCUGAAACUGUCUUUGAUCUUGUUACUGCAGAGGAGACUAAGUCUAACACUAUUGCUCCAGAACCGGUGGAAUAUGAGAAAAAAUUGAAGGAAAGCUCUAUAUGGAAAGAACUACAUUCUGUGCGAAAUAUCCGUCCAUCGUUUCACUCAUUUUUAGGAUUUUAUGGUACUAUGUUAUACACUGGAGUUUUCUACCUAUUUGGACGAGGAAAAGAACCAUGGACAUUGUCUCAUCAUGGUGCUGAUCAUGGAAAACUAAAACCUGCAGCUGAAUGUCAGCCUAUUGAGUAUCCCAAGCCUGAUAAUGUUGUUACAUUUGAUCUACUUUCAUCAGUUGCUUUGACAGGCACUAAUCAUGAAGAUCAACCUGCACACUUAACUCUAAAAGAUGAUUCAAUUCCUGUUGAAAGGAAUUUAAAAUUAUUCGAUGGUCCAGAACAACGAUUUUGUCCUGCAGGUGUCUACGAGUAUGUGCCAUUAGAGGAAGGAGAUGGACAACGUCUACAAAUAAAUGCGCAAAACUGUAUACAUUGCAAAACUUGUGACAUUAAAGAUCCAAGUCAAAAUAUUAAUUGGGUGACACCAGAGGGUGGUGGUGGCCCUGCUUAUAAUGGAAUGUAAAACUCAGCUGUUUUGUUUUAUACACAAUUUCACAGCCAUAAAGAAUGGAUAUUUUUUAUCAUAAAAGCACUUAUUUACAAAGUUUAAUGUUAAAACAUCUAUAUAGAUUAUUUAAUAACACAUUUUAUGAAGAAAAAGUGCUCUCUGCAUCUUCUUGUUAUAUUAAAUUUAAUCAUAUGAAAAUUUAGAUUCUGGGUCUUUGUGUGUUGUGUUAGCAAAAUAUUUUUACUGAAUAUUUUUAUUUAUUUAAAUAUUUAUAUCUUUAAUAUAAGAAAAGAGUUCAUAAUAAAGUAUUUUUAUAUUUUGA